AGCAGGAGACCACUGUCUGCAGCUCCCGUGAAGAUGUCCACUCCAGACCCACCCCUGGGCGGGACUCCUCGGCCGGGACCUUCCCCAGGCCCAGGCCCCUCGCCUGGAGCCAUGCUGGGCCCUAGCCCGGGUCCCUCACCGGGCUCUGCCCACAGCAUGAUGGGACCCAGCCCGGGGCCUCCCUCAGCAGGACACCCCAUCCAGACCCAGGGGCCUGGAGGGUACCCGCAGGAUAACAUGCACCAGAUGCACAAGCCCAUGGAGUCCAUGCACGAGAAGGGCAUGUCGGACGACCCGCGAUACAACCAGAUGAAGGGGUUGGGGAUGCGGUCGGGGGGCCAUGCAGGGAUGGGGCCCCCACCCAGCCCCAUGGACCAGCACUCCCAAGGUUACCCCUCACCCCUGGGCGGCUCCGAGCAUGCCUCCAGUCCAGUUCCAGCCAGCGGCCCGUCCUCGGGCUCCCAGAUGUCGUCAGUGCCAGGAGGGGCCCCUCUGGAUGGUGCUGACCCCCAGGCCUUGGGGCAGCAGAACCGGGGACCGACCCCAUUCAACCAGAACCAGCUGCACCAGCUGCGAGCACAGAUCAUGGCCUACAAGAUGCUGGCCAGGGGGCAGCCCCUGCCCGACCACCUGCAGAUGGCGGUGCAGGGAAAGCGGCCGAUGCCUGGCAUGCAGCAGCAGAUGCCAGCACUACCUCCACCCUCUGUGUCUGCAACAGGACCUGGCCCUGGCCCUGGCCCUGUGCCUGUCCCUGGUCCAGGACCAGCGCCUCCAAAUUAUAGCAGGCCUCAUGGUAUGGGAGGGCCCAACAUGCCACCCCCUGGACCCUCAGGUGUGCCCCCUGGUAUGCCAGGCCAGCCCCCCGGAGGGCCUCCCAAACCCUGGCCUGAAGGACCCAUGGCGAAUGCUGCUGCCCCCACGAGCACCCCUCAGAAGCUGAUCCCCCCACAGCCAACGGGCCGCCCUUCACCUGCGCCCCCCACUGUCCCGCCUGCCGCUUCACCUGUGAUGCCGCCCCAGACUCAGUCCCCAGGGCAGCCGGCCCAGCCCGCCCCCAUGGUGCCGCUGCACCAGAAGCAGAGCCGCAUUACCCCCAUCCAGAAGCCCAGGGGCCUUGACCCUGUGGAGAUCCUGCAGGAGCGGGAGUACAGGCUGCAGGCUCGCAUCGCACACCGAAUUCAGGAACUUGAAAACCUUCCCGGGUCCCUGGCCGGGGAUUUGCGAACCAAAGCGACCAUUGAGCUCAAGGCCCUCCGGCUGCUGAACUUCCAGAGGCAGCUGCGCCAGGAGGUGGUAGUGUGCAUGCGGAGGGACACAGCCCUGGAGACAGCCCUCAAUGCCAAGGCCUACAAGCGCAGCAAGCGCCAGUCCCUGCGUGAGGCCCGCAUCACUGAGAAGCUGGAGAAGCAGCAAAAGAUUGAGCAGGAGCGCAAGCGCCGGCAGAAGCACCAGGAAUACCUCAAUAGCAUUCUUCAGCAUGCCAAGGAUUUCAAAGAAUAUCACAGAUCGGUCACAGGCAAAAUCCAGAAACUCACCAAGGCAGUAGCUACAUACCAUGCCAACACCGAGCGGGAGCAGAAGAAAGAAAACGAAAGAAUUGAGAAGGAGAGAAUGCGGAGACUCAUGCCUCUGGACGAGACCAGCCAGAUGAGUGACCUACCUGUGAAAGUGAUCCACGUGGAGAGUGGGAAGAUCCUCACGGGCACAGAUGCCCCCAAAGCUGGGCAGCUGGAGGCCUGGCUCGAGAUGAACCCAGGGUACGAAGUAGCUCCAAGAUCUGACAGUGAAGAAAGUAGCUCAGAGGAAGAGGAAGAGGAGGAGGAGGAGGAGCAGCCGCAGCCAGCACAGCCUCCUACCCUGCCCGUGGAGGAGAAGAAGAAGAUUCCAGAUCCAGACAGCGAUGACGUCUCAGAGGUGGAUGCGCGGCACAUCAUUGAGAACGCCAAGCAAGAUGUCGAUGAUGAGUAUGGUGUGUCCCAGGCCCUGGCUCGUGGCCUGCAGUCCUACUACGCCGUGGCCCACGCAGUCACUGAGAGAGUGGACAAGCAGUCGGCGCUCAUGGUCAAUGGUGUCCUCAAACAGUACCAGAUCAAGGGCUUGGAGUGGCUGGUGUCACUGUACAACAACAACCUGAACGGCAUCCUGGCGGACGAGAUGGGCUUGGGGAAGACCAUCCAGACCAUCGCGCUCAUCACGUACCUCAUGGAGCACAAGCGCAUCAACGGGCCCUUCCUCAUCAUCGUACCCCUCUCCUCACGAGCCCCGACAGGCACGCCACUGCAGAACAAGCUGCCUGAGCUCUGGGCGCUGCUCAACUUCCUGCUGCCCACCAUCUUCAAAAGCUGCAGCACCUUCGAGCAGUGGUUCAAUGCACCCUUUGCCAUGACCGGAGAGAAGAUCCGCUGGAAGUACAUGAUCGUGGAUGAAGGCCACCGCAUGAAGAACCACCACUGCAAGCUGGCACAGGCCCUCAACACGAACUACGUGCCCCGCCGCCUGCUACUGACAGGCAUGCUGCUGCAGAACAAGCUGCCCAAGCUCUGGGGGCUGCUCAACUUCCUGCUGCCCACCAUCUUCAAAAGCUGCAGCACCUUCGAGCAGUGGUUCAAUGCACCCUUUGCCAUGACCGGAGAGAAGGUGGACCUGAACGAGGAGGAGACCAUCCUGAUCAUCCGUCGUCUCCACAAAGUGCUGCGGCCCUUCCUGCUUCGGCGGCUCAAGAAGGAAGUUGAGGCCCAGCUGCCCGAAAAGGUGGAGUACGUCAUCAAGUGUGACAUGUCUGCACUUCAGCGCGUGCUCUACCGGCACAUGCAGGCCAAGGGAGUGCUGCUGACUGACGGCUCCGAGAAGGACAAGAAGGGCAAAGGUGGCACCAAGACCCUGAUGAACACCAUCAUGCAGCUGAGGAAGAUCUGCAACCACCCGUACAUGUUCCAGCACAUUGAGGAGUCCUUUUCUGAGCACUUGGGGUUUACCGGCGGCAUCGUCCAAGGGCUGGACCUGUACCGAGCCUCGGGGAAAUUUGAGCUUCUUGAUAGAAUUCUUCCCAAACUCCGAGCAACCAACCAUAAAGUGCUACUGUUCUGCCAAAUGACCUCCCUCAUGACGAUCAUGGAAGAUUAUUUUGCAUAUCGUGGCUUUAAAUACCUCAGGCUUGAUGGAACCACAAAAGCGGAGGACCGUGGCAUGCUGCUCAAGACCUUCAACGAGCCUGGCUCCGAGUACUUCAUCUUCUUGCUCAGCACCCGGGCUGGGGGGCUCGGGCUGAACCUCCAGUCAGCCGACACUGUGAUCAUUUUUGACAGCGACUGGAAUCCCCACCAGGACCUGCAAGCACAGGAUCGUGCCCACCGCAUUGGGCAGCAGAAUGAGGUACGCGUGCUCCGCCUCUGCACGGUCAACAGCGUGGAGGAGAAGAUCCUGGCCGCGGCCAAGUACAAGCUCAACGUGGACCAGAAGGUGAUCCAGGCAGGCAUGUUCGACCAGAAGUCAUCGAGCCAUGAGCGGCGUGCCUUCCUGCAGGCCAUCCUGGAGCACGAGGAGCAGGAUGAGGAGGAAGACGAAGUACCUGACGAUGAGACCGUGAACCAGAUGAUUGCCCGGCAUGAGGAGGAGUUUGACCUGUUCAUGCGCAUGGACCUGGACCGCAGGCGCGAGGAGGCGCGCAACCCCAAGCGGAAGCCUCGGCUCAUGGAGGAGGACGAGCUGCCCUCGUGGAUCAUCAAGGAUGACGCCGAGGUGGAGCGGCUGACCUGUGAGGAGGAGGAGGAGAAGAUGUUCGGCCGCGGCUCCCGCCACCGCAAGGAAGUGGACUACAGUGACUCGCUGACGGAGAAGCAGUGGCUCAAGGCCAUCGAGGAGGGCACGCUGGAGGAGAUCGAAGAGGAGGUCCGGCAGAAGAAAUCAUCACGGAAGCGCAAGCGCGACAGUGACGCCGGCUCCUCCACACCGACCACCAGCACCCGCAGCCGUGACAAGGACGAUGAGAGCAAGAAGCAGAAGAAGCGCGGGCGGCCACCUGCCGAGAAGCUGUCCCCAAACCCACCCAACCUCACCAAGAAGAUGAAGAAGAUCGUGGAUGCUGUGAUCAAGUACAAGGACAGUAGCAGUGGACGGCAGCUGAGUGAGGUGUUCAUCCAGCUCCCCUCGCGCAAGGAGCUGCCUGAGUACUAUGAGCUCAUCCGCAAGCCCGUGGACUUUAAGAAGAUAAAGGAGCGCAUCCGCAAUCACAAGUACCGCAGCCUGGGCGACCUGGAGAAGGAUGUCAUGCUGCUGUGCCAGAACGCGCAGGCCUUCAACCUGGAGGGCUCCCUGAUCUACGAGGACUCCAUCGUCCUGCAGUCAGUGUUCACCAGUGUGAGGCAGAAGAUUGAGAAGGAGGACGACAGCGAAGGCGAGGAGAGCGAGGAGGAGGAGGAGGGCGAGGAGGAAGGCUCCGAGUCUGAGUCCCGCUCAGUCAAAGUGAAGAUCAAGCUCGGCCGGAAGGAGAAGGCACAGGAUCGGCUGAAGGGAGGCCGGCGGCGGCCGAGCCGUGGGUCCCGGGCCAAGCCGGUCGUGAGUGACGAUGACAGUGACGAGGAGCAGGAGGAGGACCGCUCAGGAAGUGGCAGCGAGGAAGACUGAGUCCGACAUUCCAGAGUCUCGACCCGAGCCCCUCAUUCCAGAGCCGAGACGGUGUAGCCCUUAGCAGUCAUGGGUAGCAGCAGACGUAGUUUCAGACUUGGGGUAAAACUGUAUAAACACAAACUCUUCCAUAUUUAUACAGCAGAGAAGAUGUAGGACUGUUUGUGUCUGGCGCUGUCCUGGCAUCAGUAGCAUUCAUAACAGCAUUAAUUGUUUAAACGAGAGAAUGAUUGGGGAACACGCGAUACCUGUUUUUCUUUUCCUUUCCCGGCAGUGCCCUUGCAGCCGCCGCAGUUUGAAAUCACUGUAGUUUAAGCCGUGGAUGCAUGUGUGUGGCCGUCCACUCCUCGUACUGUAUUUUACUGGACAGGUCAGACUUGCCGGGGCCCAGGGGCCGCAGACCCGGCGGGGGUAUGUCAGUGUCACUGGAUGUCAAACAGUAAUAAAUUAAACCAACAGCAAAACUUG